CCUUAAAACCGUCUCUCAGUCUUCUUGGUGGAUUUCUAGGGCUUCUCUCAUCAAGAUUUUCAGUGUGAUGAGGAUGAAGAUGGUAUAGAUUGUCGAUGUGGGAUUCUGAACUUGGAGUUUUGGCAUGGGAACUGUAAUCAGUAAAGCUGCAAAUGGCAUUGGGGGUGCUCUUGGAAAUGCCUUUGUAGCUCCAAUCAAGACCAUUUUUGGUGAUUCUUGCGAGGGUGUUUGUGCAGGAACAUGGGAUAUAACUUGUUUCAUAGAGCACUUAUGCGUCUCCAAUUUGGUGAAGCUGUUCUUGGUCUUAGGCCUUUGCUACAUAACCUUGUUGUUCUUUUACCUCAUGUUCAAGCUUGGGAUCUUCCAAUGCAUCGGAAGAAGCCUCUGUAAAAUGUGCUAUGCUGCUUGUGAAACCUAUUGGCAUGCAUUGAAAUACAUCACCUGUUUUCUAUGGUACAAGCUCAAGAACACCAAACGCGUGAAUCGUCGACGGCGACAUGAACGGUUCAAAGACUUUGAAUUAGGGCACUACUCAAGUGACACAAGUGAAUCUUCAAACAAUUAUCAAAGCUUGAGCUUUAGUAGGAAGAGGAAAUCAUUUAAAAUGAGAGGAAAUGAUCAUGAUCAUGAUCAUGUUCAUCCCCACGACCACCAUCACCAUCAUCAUCACCACAUGGAGUCGAAGACAAGAGAAGUGUCUCUUCAUGUCAAGCGAGGAUCCCGAAAGGCAAGGAGCUCAAGACAACUUCAAGGGAAGAAGGUGAGAAAUCUUCGAAGAGAGGCAGCCAUGAGUAAAAAGAGGAAGCUCAUGAGGUGAAAACAUGAUUUAGAAAAAUUGUGAAGCAUCAUUAAAAUGACCAUACAUGUAAAUUUAUAAGUAGAACAAAUCUAAUAUA